AUGGACUUCGAAUUUUCAAUGGUGAACAAAACAAGCAUGGUUGUUAUCUCCGGGGCUAUAUCAAAUAGCUUAAACCGCUUUAAGAUUAGGAAACUGGAAGGACGACCUCUUUUGCUACCAAUUAAUGAGGAAGCUCGACCUAUGGGUGAGACAGAGCUUCAGGUGGCAAGUAGCAAUAAUUCUAGUACAAAAGAUCUAAAAAGUUCAAAAGAGUCUGAUUUAUCAAUAAAUGAUAUUACCAUUGAUUGUGAAAAUAUAGCAAAUAAUCAAUGUAAUAUGUCAAAUAUUACUAGUACUAGUGAAGGUGAUGUGUUUUUGACGAUGACUGAUUUAGAUAUUGGCUUAAUUAUUGGUAGACCUCGCCAUCAGAUCAGUGAUACUGAGAAAUUUGAGUUUUUGUGUAAUUUGAUGCGUCCCAGUCCUGAUUAUAAGUUUCCUGCUAAUGGUCCAAGAAAACUGAAGUUUCAAAAUAAAUGGUUUUACAACUGGAAAUGGUUAUCUUAUUCAAAGUCUCUAGAUGGUGCUUUUUGUGUAUAUUGUGUAUUAUUUGGUACUGAUGAAGUAAAAUAUCAAAAGCUUGGAAAAUUGGUUUGUGAAAAAUAUAAUAGUUGGAAUUGUGCAGUUGAGAAAUUUAAUAAACAUCAAAGUCUAAUAUAUCAUUUGACUGCCAUGGAAAAAGCUAAUGGAUUUUUAAAUAUAUUCAAUAACAAACAAAAUAGUGUGGCUGUUCAACUUGAGAUUGAAGAAAAUAGAUUAUUUAUCCAACCAAUAAUUGAAACUAUUUUACUAUGUGGGCGGCAAGGACUGGCACUGCGGGGUCAUAAAGAUUAUGGUCCUAUUCAAUUUGGAACUCUUUUCCCUUCUGAAAAUGAUGGAAAUUUCCGACCAUUACUAAGAUACCGUAUAAAUGGAGGAGAUCAGAAAUUUUUACAGCGUUUACAAAAUUGUCCACGAAAUGCUACAUACACGAGUUCAGGAAUUCAAAAUCAAAUAAUUGAUAUAAUUGGUUCUAUCAUUAUUAAGAAACUUGUAAAUAAAAUUAACUUAGCAAAAUGUUUUACUGUUUUAGCAGAUGAAACGUGUGACAUUUCUGGGAUUGAACAGUUCAGCCUUUGUGUUAGAUAUUAUGAUAAUGAUUCAAAAAUGAUGAGAGAAGAUUUUCUAAAAUUUGUGCCUGUCGUUGAUGUUACCGGAAAUGGUUUAGCAGUAGUUUUAAUGGACAGCUUAACAAAUAUUGGUCUAGACUUAAAUUUUUUACGUGGUCAGGGUUAUGAUGGGGCCUCCGUUAUGCGCGGCCAUUUUAAUGGUGUUCAAGCAGUUGUGAGACGGUCAUACCCAUUAGCCUUAUACUCUCAUUGUAGUUCGCAUUCAUUAAAUUUAGCAAUAUCAGAUGCUUGUGACAUGAAAUCAAUCCGGAACGCCACAGAUACAUUACAAGCUAUUUAUGUAUUUUUUAAAACGCCUAAAAGACAAGAUGUAUUGAGAAAAACUAUUGACAAAAUCGCGCCAGAGAACAAGAAAAAAAAACUAAAAGAUUUAUGUCCUACUAGAUGGGUGGAACGACACGAAUCAGUUAUGGUGUUUUUAGAACUAUUUGACUCGGUUAUUGAAGCUUUGGAAGAGAUUUCCAAUUGGGUGGAUAGAGAAACAUCAUCAAAAAGCAAUAAUUUACUAUGUUCCUUAAAAAAUGGAGAGUUUUUGUUAGCCGUUUAUGUUCUUGCAAAAGCACUUUCUAUUAGUUUGCCUUUAAGUCGGCAAUUACAAACAGAAAAUUUGGACUUGGUUAAAGCUAUAGCAUUAGCUGAAGAUGUGUCUCAAACAGUUAUGGAGUUGAGAAGAAAAGCUGAAGAAGACUUUAAAGAAAUUUAUACUGAAGUAAACAGAAAAUGUGAAACCUUGGGAGUUGCUAUCACCAUACCUAGACUUACUAAGAAUCAACAACAUAGAUCAAACUUUUCCACCAACUCAAGUGAAGAAUAUUUUAGAUUAUCCAUAUAUAUUCCAUUUUUGGAUAGUUUUUCAAACCAGUUAAGUGAACGGUUUUUAGCUCAUAAAUCACUUGUGAAAAAUUUUUCUUGUUUACUAAUUGAGCAUGUUGAUGAUGAGGAAAAUUUUGAUAAACUUUUAGAAAUAUAUGCAGAGGAUAUCAAAGUUGAUGAAAAAAGUGCAAAGGGUGAAUUUUUGGUUUGGAAGCAACAGAUUAAAAAGUCCACACCUAAAAAUGUAAUAGAUGCAUUACAUAACAGUAGUUCUAUUAUUUUCCCUUCUAUUCAUAGGCUGUUAGUUAUAUUGGCAACGUUUCCUGUAACUACAUCUACAAGUGAACGUUCUUUUUCGACUCUUUGUCGAUUGAAAACUUAUUUAAGAAAUACUGUUGGAGAGAAUAGACUAAAUGGCCUAGCUUUAAUGCAAAUUCAUAGAGAUAUACCUGUAUCUACUGCAGAGGUCAUUGAUGAACUUGCUCUAAAGUGCCGUCGUUUACAAUUUAACUAG